AUGGCGUUUUUUGGAAUAAUUUGGGCAGCAGAUAGUAGGAGAAGAAGAUACAGGCAAAGAUACGUCCUUAGGUAUCUCAGAGAUGCAGAUAAUGUAUGGGAAGUGAAUGAUGAGAUUUUUAUAAAAAAAAUUCGAUUAACGAAAAAUGUUAUGAAAGAUUUAAUAGAACUGUUGGAACCACAUGCGGAGACUCAUACAGCAUCAUGGAGUAUCCCUUUUUAUUUGCAGGUACUUGCAGCGAUUCAUUUUUUUGGUCAUGGCUCAUAUCAGACUGAUGUAGGCAAUUGCCAUUUAAAUUCUAUGAGCCAGCCUUCAGUCAGUCGCUGCAUUAAAACAGUGACUGAUUUAAUUAUAAAGCAUGCUACUCCAAAGUACGUGAAUUUUCCUAAAACCCCAUCAGAAAGAGAUGAAAAUAAAAAGAGGUAUAUGUUACACCACUUCGUGUACAUUGAACAUGGUCUGUAA